AUGGCGGUUAUGGUGGACUGCCAAAAGAACCCGGACGAUCCCGUCGUCUUGCAACUUCGACAUAUUUUCGACAAUGCAGAGACACCAGUCACAAAUACCUUCGUGGCUUUUCCAUUUCUGCGUAAUCUCGCAGAGUGGGUUUAUCCGCACACGAAGCACGCGGAAGACACAUUCGCCAUCAUCAACAACCUGAGGCACGUCGUCGAACUCCGCCGACGCGACACAAAGCACCGCCCGAUCGACAUGCUCCAACUCUUACUCGACGCCCAGGCCGGCAAAGGCUCCGAUACAGUCGACGCGGACAAGACAGAAUGUGACGGAGGGUUCGUGAUAAGUGACGAUAAGCUCCUCGCCAAUAGCUUCAUUCUGCUCAUUGCGGGAUUCGAGACCACUGCCACCUCACUGGGGUUCAUCAUGCACCUUCUUUCUCAACACCCCGACGAACAAGAGACUCUCCACGCCGAGCUCGUUGCCGCAUCUCCAAACGAGCGCCUGGACUAUGAAAGACUGAUGCGACUCCAGCGUCUGGACAUGGUGGUACAAGAAUGUCUGCGUCUGUACCCACCUGUCGUGCUGCUCCUCUCGAGGGCUUGCAGGGCCGACACGACGAUCUUGGGUCAGUUCUUUCCUAAGGGCGUCAAUAUAAUGGUCCCGGUGUGGCACAUUCAUCACGACGCCGAGCUAUGGCCCGACCCUUUCAAGUUUGAUCCUGAAAGACUGCAGAUGUCACUAUCAAAUACUUCGCCGCUGAAGUUAGCAGUGACAGGGCUGGCGAUAAUGUUGGCCACAAUCUGUGUUUGGAUUCUGGACAAAGGGAGAAAGCACACACUGUUCAGCAGACACGCAAUUCCAGGACCCAAACCCGAUCUCAUAUGGGGGAAAUGGAUGCAACUCAAAAAGGAUCGACUCGAGGUGAUGGAGCGUUGGAGUAGGACGUACGGAAAGGUCUUUGGCUUCUACAAGGCCGGGGUACAUUACCUGGUGCUCACGGAUCUGGACAUGACAAAGCAGUGUUUCAUCAAAGAAGCGACCACCUUCUAUGAUCGCCCAGAUUUCAUCGUUGACGUCGAGCCGUUUGCGAGCGACAACAUGUCUCUCCAAGGCGAUUAG